AUGUCAGACGGACAACGCAGCCAAACGCAAAACAAAAAGGUUCUGAGAGAGCUGUCAAGGGAUGCACGUGGACGUAAGCAGCCCGGCAAAAAUAAAGAUUUGCAAUUUGACUGGAGGGUGGAUUUUGGCGGUGUAUUACGGAAUCGCAAAGCUGAGUUGGAGCAGUUGAGGUGUUUCGGCUGUGGGGAGUACUACCGGCUUCCUAUUGCGGUAGUCGUUGCCUUGGGUCUCUUUAGAUCAGAGGGAGCAAAGCUCAAAGAUAGACCAGAUAUCAUGAAUGUCGGCAAAAAGAAAGAUCUGUGGAGGUUUGCGGGGCUAAAUGCGUGGGCGUCUGCAAUGCUCGAUGGGCUGUCGAUUCGUCAAGAUGAUCGAAAUGGUGUUCUGAAUCAGCCAAAGGGAUCAGCAGGCAGAACCUUGUGUCAGUGUCGAAUACGCAGCGCUGGGAGGCCCCUGAACAGAGCUUAUCAUGAAAUCGGAGGGAGUGCGCACGAAGAUACAAGAAUAGCACGAGAUAUUUCUGAUUUUGAGGGGACUGCGGAUUUUUCUCUGUUGUGA